AUGUUGUUAUGCGGCAAAAGCUUAGUAAAUAAUUUCUUUAAAUAUAAAAGAAAAGUGUUUUCAAAUAUUUUAGUGAGUAGCCGACGGUGCAAAGCAGCCACUCAGCCACCCAAAAUUUUGUUCUUUGGCACUGAUAAUUUUUCACUGCCGAGUUUAAAAAAGUUGCACCUGAACAACUUUGACGUAAGCGUAGUCACCUCCUUCAAGUGCCCCGCGAACUGUGUGCGCAGCUACGCCGAACAGGAAAAACUUGCCCUCUACCGCUGGCCAAUAUCGAAGGAGCAAUGUGCCGCCUACGAGCUAGGCGUAGUGGUAUCGUUUGGUCAUCUGAUACCUUUACACAUAAUAAACGCGCUCUCCCGCGGCAUUAUCAAUGUUCAUGCUAGCUUGCUGCCCCGAUGGCGCGGUGCUGCGCCCAUCAUGUAUGCCAUAAUGGAGGGGGAUGCCAAGACUGGCAUUACCAUAAUGAAGAUAGCUCCGCAUCAAUUCGACAUUGGCCCUAUAUUAGCCCAAAGGGAGAUGACCAUUAGAAAGGAUAUAUAUAUGCCAGAGUUGCAUGCUGCCUUGUCGCAUUUGGGUGCCGAUUUGCUUGUCGACACGGUGAACAACUUGGAUGAGAGAGUCUUGAAUGCGUCUCCUCAAAACGAUGCAGAUGCCACUUAUGCACCGAAGAUUACGUCAAAGAUCACAGAGGUUCGAUGGUCACAGCAAACCUCCAUGGAGCUGUUUGCCAGGUAUCGUGCACUCUAUGGAUUUAAGAAUCUAUCUACCUCCUUUUUGGGCAAAGCUGUGCAGCUACUGGAGCUAAGGCCCCUUGAAAUUCGAUUGCCUGCGUCUACAGUUCUUUCCCCGGGCUCUUUUUACUUCCAUCGUCUGCGCAAAUCGCUUAUAAUCGGUUGUGCACACGAAACCCAGCUGGAGGUGCUGCAACUGCGGGUCGAGGGCAAGAAGCCAAUGAGCGCUCAUGAUUUUAGCAAUGGGUUUCUCAAGCGGGCACAAUCGUUGCAGUUCACACAAAAUAAAUUAGUUAAUUGUUAACAA